AUUCAUGUUGCCUGAGGAAGAAUUCCGGAAGCAGAGGAAAACGAAAGAAAAGGAGUCAAGAAUGGCUCUUUCUCAGGAACUGUUGACGUUCAGGGACGUUGCCAUAGAAUUCUCUCAGGAGGAGUGGGAAUGCCUGGACCCUGCUCAGAGGGCCUUGUACAGGGAUGUGAUGUUGGAGAACUACAGGAACCUGCUCUCCCUGGAUAUCUCUCCUGGAUAUGUGAUCAAAGAAUUAUCAUCAAAGGAGGACAUUAAUAAUGGAGAAUUAUUCCAAACAUUUAUUUUGGAAAGACAUGUAAGUCAUGAUUUUGAUGAUUUUGAUUUCAGAGAGGUCCAGCAAAAUAUGCACAAGUUUGAGACUCAGUGGGUAUGUGAAGAAAAAAAUUUUGAAGGGGUGAGUACAACCCAUUACAAAAAUUUCGCUGGUAGAAGAGAUCAACAACAUCAUAAAUCCUGUAAUAAUUUCCCUGUGACACAGAAUGUUUCUGUAAGAAGAAGUACGUCUCAUUAUUAUAAACAUGACAAGUCAUAUAUAAGGAAUAAGGAACUAAAAAAAGACAUAAGCUAUUCAGGAAAAAAGUAUAUGAAAUCUUUUAAAAAUAGGCUUGGAUUAAGCUUUCAUUCACAUCUGGUUGAAGUGCACAGAUUUCAAACUGAAGAGAAACGUUAUGAAUGUCAUCAAGUUGAGAAGUCUAUCAAAAAUUGUUCUUCAGUUUCACUGCUUCAAAGAAUUCCUCCUAGUGUCAAAACCAACAUUCGUAAUAAAUAUGGGAAGGUUUUUAUGCAUCCUUCAUUGCUUACACAACACCAGAAAACACACAUUAGAGAAAAACCUUACAAAUGUAAUGAGUGUGGGAAGGCUUUUAGCCAUUGCUCAACCUUAGCUAAUCAUCAAAGAAUUCAUUCUGAUGAGAGACCUUACAAAUGUAUUGAUUGUGGCAGAGCUUUUAACAGGUUCUCAAACCUCACAAGGCAUCAGAGAAUUCAUACUGGAGAGAAACCGUAUAAAUGUAAUGUAUGUGGUAAGGAUUUUAUGAUACGUUCGCACCUUUGGAGUCAUGAGCGAAUUCAUACUGGAGAGAAACCUUACAAAUGUAAUGAGUGUGGCAAAGCCUUUUCUGAGCGUUCAAAUCUUGCUCAACAUAAGAGAAUCCAUACGGGAGAGAAACCUUACAAAUGUAAUGAAUGUGGUAAGAAUUUUACCACACGUUCACACCUUUGGGGUCAUGAGAGGAUUCAUACUGGAGAGAAACCUUACAAAUGUAAUGAGUGUGGCAAAGCCUUCACUGGGAGUUCAAAUCUUACUCAACAUAAGAAAAUUCAUACUGGAGAGAAACCAUAUAAAUGUACUGUAUGUGGCAAGGCCUUUAGUCAGAAUUCAAGCCUUAUAGUUCAUCAGAGAAUUCAUACUGGGGAGAAACCUUACAAAUGUCAUGAAUGUGGCAAAGCCUUUAAACAGUACUCGAGCCUCAAAAAAUAUAAAUUGAUCCAUAUUGGACAGAAGAUUUACAAUAGUAUUGAAUGUGACAAAGAUUUUAACCAGUCUGAAAAACUUCUGCAACAUCAGAGUAUUCAUACUCAGCAGGAAUCUUACAAAUGUAAGAAAUGUGGGAAAGUCUUUAGUCAAUCAUCAACUCUAAGUAGACACAAGAAAAUCCACACUGGAGAGAAAUCUUACAAAUGUAAUGCAUGUGACAAAGCCUUUAACGAGUGUACAAACCUUACUCGACAUAAGAGAAUUCAUACUGGAGAGAAACCUUAUAAAUGUAAUAAAUGUGGGAAAGCCUUUAACCAGUGCACAAACCUUACUCGACAUCAGAGAAUUCAUACUGGAGAGAAACCUUAUAUAUGUAAAGAAUGUGGCAAAGCCUUUAACCGGUGCUCAAACCUUACUCAACAUCAGAGAACUCACACUGGAGAGAAACCUUAUAUAUGUAAAGAAUGUGGCAAAGCCUUUAAGGGCUACAGCCUUACUCAACAUCAGAGAACUCACACUGGAGAGAAACCUUAUAAAUGUAAAGAAUGUGGCAAAGCCUUUAACUGGAGCCACAGCUUUACUCUACAUCAGAGAGUGCUUACUGGAGAGAAACCCUACAAAUAUAAUGAAUGUGGAAAGAAGUUUGUCCAAAAUACACACUUUAGAAAACACCAGAGAAGGAUCCAUAUUGGAGAGAAGACUUUCAAGUGUGGUGAAUGUGGCAAGGCUUUUAAUCAGUUUGAAAAUCUUACUAAACAUCAGAGUAUUCAUACUGGGGAAGAAACUUACAAAUGUAAUAAUUGUGGGAAAGUCUUUAGUCAAUCAUCAACUCUAAAUAGACAUAAGAAAAUCCAUACUGAAGAGAAACCAUACAAAUGUCAAGAAUGUGGCAAAGCCUUUAACCAGUGCUCAAAACUUACUCAACAUAAGAGAUUUCAUACCGGAGAGAAACCAUACAAAUGUCAAGAAUGUGGCAAAGCCUUUAGUCACUGCUCAAAUCUUAUUAAACAUAGGAGAAUUCAUACUGGAGAGAAACCUUACAAAUGUAAAGAAUGUGGCAAAGCCUUGAACAACUGCUCAAAUCUUGUUAAACAUCAGAGAAUUCAUACAGGAGAGAAACCUUACAAAUGCAUAGAAUGUGGCAAAGCCUUUAACCAGUGCUCAAACCUUACUAAUCAUCAAAGAAUUCAUAAUGGAGAGAAGCCUUACAAAUGUAAAGAAUGUAACAAAGAAUUUAAAUGGAGUUACAGCCUUACUCAACAUAAGAGAACUCAUACUGGAGAGAAACCAUACAAAUGUGAAGAAUGUGGCAAAGCCUUUAGCCAGGGCUCAACACUUACUCAACAUCAGAGAAUUCAUACUGGAGAGAAACCUUACAAAUGUAAAGAAUGUGGCAAAGCCUUUAACAACUACUCAAGCCUUACUCGACAUCAGAGAUUUCAUAUUGGAGAGAAACCAUAUAAAUGUAAAUAAUGUGUAAAAGCCUCUCACAGGAACUAUGGCCUUACUAAACAUAAGGGAGUGCAUACUGCAGAGAAACCCUAUAAUAAUUCCUUUGAAUGUAAGGAGUGCGGGAAGGCCUUUAGUCGUGGCUAUCAACUUACCCAACAUCAGAAAAUUCACACUGGUGAGAAACCCUAUGAAUGUAAAGAAUGUAAAAAGGCCUUUCGUUGGGGUAAUCAACUUACUCAACAUCAGAAAAUUCAUACUGGUGAGAAACCUUAUGAAUGUAAGGACUGUGGGAAGGCCUUUCGAUGGGGCUCAAGCCUCGUUAUUCAUAAGAGAAUUCAUACAGGGGAGAAACCCUAUGAAUGUAAAGACUGUGGGAAGGCCUUUAGACGUGGUGAUGAACUCACUCAACAUCAGAGAUUUCACACUGGUGAGAAAGACUAUGAAUGCCAGGACUGUGGGAAGACUUUUAGCCGUGUGUAUAAACUAAUUCAACAUAAGAGAAUUCAUAGUGGUGAGAAACCCUAUGAAUGCAAAGACUGUGGGAAGGCCUUUAUUUGUGGCUCAAGCCUCGUUCAGCAUAAGAGAAUUCAUACCGGUGAAAAGCCCUAUGAAUGUCAAGAAUGUGGGAAGGCCUUUACUCGUGUCAAUUAUCUUACUCAACAUCAGAAGAUUCAUACUGGUGAGAAACCUCAUGAAUGUAAGGAAUGCGGGAAGGCCUUUCGUUGGGGUUCAAGUCUUGUUAAACAUGAGAGAAUUCAUACGGGUGAGAAGCCAUAUAAAUGUGCAGAAUGUGGGAAGGCCUUUAACUGUGGCUAUCACCUUACUCAACAUGAGAGAAUUCACACUGGUGAAACGCCUUAUAAAUGUAAGGAAUGUGGAAAGGCCUUUAUUUAUGGGUCAAGCCUUGUUAAACAUGAGAGAAUUCAUACAGGGGAGAAACCCUAUGAAUGUAAAGAAUGUGGGAAGGCCUUUAGUCACGGCCAUCAACUUACACAGCAUCAGAAAAUUCAUACUGGUGAGAAACCCUAUGAGUGUAAGGAAUGUGGAAAGGCAUGUAACCAUGUAAACCAUCUUAGGGAACAUCAGAGAAUCAUAAUGUUGAAAAACCUUUUGAAUACAAAGAAUGUACGGAAGCCUCUAUACAACAUUCAUGCCUUCCACAACAUGAGGAACAUUCGUGAUACAAAUUAACGUAAGAAAGCCUUCACUGGUCACUCUUCUACUUAUAAAAUAUCAGAAUAGUCAUACUAGAGGUAAAUUUGGAGAAUGGAGAAGUCACCCCUAACGAUCACAACAUACUCAGUGUAGAUUUUUUUACUGGAUAGAUUAGUUUAAUGAAUGCGUAGAAGCUUUCCAGUACCAUUCCAUCUCUAUCACAUUUCAGGUUCAUUCUAGGGAAUAACUGUGCUGAUGUAUUGUGGGGAAGCCUUUUGUCAUGGUACAUACCCCACCUGUUAUCACCAUCCCACCUCUACUCCCUGUGAGACACUGGGCAAAUUACCUGUUACCACUGUGCAUCCUUUGUGAAGUGGGGAGAAGCACACCUAACACUGCUAUUGUGGUGGUUGUGUUUGGUACAUGUAAACUCCUUGAAAGUGUAUCUGAAAUAUUGUGUAAGCUCAAUAAAUAGUAGCUGCUGCUGUUGUU